UGUUUUCGACCCAAAUACCACCGCAGUCAGAUGUACAAUAUGUUUGACAUGCUUUCCAUUGGCGAAGUUAUCUUACCAACUUUCAAGUUCUCCUCCGAAAACAUUUAAACUCUAAAAAUAUUUUCAUCCAUUUUGGAGCUUAAAAAUUUUGCUUGGAAAGCCUCAAAAUUUGUUACCAGUCGCUGGGCUCCACCGUCACCGUCCGCCAUUUUCCGAAGCAUCAUUUAGCUCUCCGCUCGUUGACUUUUAGCUCUAGCCCACGCUUUUCAAACAAGAUGAUCCAAGAAAGAGUAUUUUCUUGUUAGGUACGUCAUUUCAUACGUUCUUCGUGAGCUUCUAAUGUCUAGUUCGUGAUUUUUCUUAUGCAUACGGAUGUAAUGUGAAAAGGUGAAUGCACCUAUGGAUGCAAUUGUAUGGGAAGAUUUUCUCAGCUUGCGGUCACUUCAGGACAUCAACUCUACGCUACGCUAUUUAGGGUGUCAUCUUUGCAGAUGAUCAGUUUCUACAUGCUGGUAGUUGACGAAAGAAGAGGAACCUAGAGAACUUGACCCGAUAAGGUGUUAUCUGCUUGGGACCUGACUGGUGAUAUCUCCUUUGCGGUGCUCCUGCUGAUCGCUUUUGUAUGCUCAUCGGGUGAAACCAGCAUCCAUCAAGUCGUGACGACAAGAUGAGUGUCAUCAUCAGGCUGCAGAACCUGCCGUGGUCGGCCAACUCGGUCGACAUACGGCAGUUCUUCCACGGACUCAACAUCCCCGAGGGCGGCGUGCACAUCGUGGGCGGCGACAAGGGCGACGCCUUCAUCGCCUUUAGCACGGACGAGGAUGCGCGCCUGGCCAUGAUGAAGGACGGCAGCAUGCUCAAGACGGAGAAGGUGCGGCUGCUGCUGUCGUCGCGCACGCAGAUGCACCAGGUGAUCGAGGAGGCCCGCAACAUGUCGCAGCGCAUGGCCCUGUCCGCGGCGGAGCACAGCCCCAACGCCCUGGCGCCCUCGGCCAGCCCGUCGCACGCCCUGGGCCAGGGCCUGGGCCAGUCCAUGCAGGCCGGGCCGCAGCAGACGCCGCUCGCCGCCGCCCAGCAAGCCCAGGCCGUGGCGGCCCUCAUGCAGAUGGCGCAGAUGCCCGGACUGGAGAACGUGCUCAACAUGCCCGCCCUGGCCAGCCUGGCGCCGGGGCUCGCCCCUCUGCUUCAGCCCAUGGCGCAGAAGGCGCCUCAGCAGACACCCGCUCAUGGCAUGGGCCCCGGCUUGGGCCAAGGCUUGGGACAAGGCAUGGGCCCCGGCAUGGGUCAAGGCUUGGGCCCAGGUUUGGGCAUGCCCCUGAGACAGGGCCCCGCUGGAGCCGGCGGCCCUCAUGCCGGCCCUCAUGGAGGCCCUCAUGGAGGCCCUCAUGGAGGCCCACACGCAGGCCCUCACGGCGGCCCGCAGGCCCUCGACGACACGGACGCGCGCCAGGACGCGCGCAAGGACCGCAGGGACCGGUCGCGCUCCAGGGACCGGAAGGACCGCAAGAGGGGCGGCCGACGCGGCAGCAGGGACCGCAGCCGAGACCGCAGCCGUGACCGCAGCAGGGACCGGAGUCGCGACCGCGGAGGACGACGACGACGUCGGUCCCGGUCGCGCAGCAGGGACCGGCCGGACCGGCGCCGCAGCCGCGACGGUGUGCGCGACGCAGCCAAGCCAGAGGACACCAAGCCCGGGCCGCUGCUCAAGACCCCCGAGCUGGGGCCUGACGGAAAGUGGACUGUGCAGCCGAGUCAGCGACUCGCCGGCAGCGCCGUGCCUACACCCGUGCCCGCUCCGGUGCCUCCGCCCGCCCCGUUGCCGGUGCCCGCGCCCGCGCAGGACCAGGACAGCCGCGGCGGCAUGGGAGCCAUGCCCAUGAUGAUGUCGGGGCCAGCCGGCCAGGACGCCGCCAGGGGAAUGCUUCCCAUGGCACGCAUGGGCCCGGGGGGACUCCGCCCCUGGAUGGGACAGCCCGACGGGCCCAAGGACGUCGACAGCCGUUCUGCUGACAGGGAGGCCGACUUCUUCGGGGGAAUGGGCGCUCGGCGGGGACCUCCCGGCCCCUUCAACGGCGCCAUGGCGCCGAACGGCGGCCCCCUCCCCAACGCCCCCGCUGGCAUGCCGGGCAUGCCGGGGCCGGGCAUGAUGGCGGGCAUGAUGGGACCUGGAGGGCCCAUGGGUCCGAUGGGCCCCAUGCACCGCGACAGGAUGGACUUGGACCGCGACAGAAUGGCCAUGGACCGUGACAGGAUGGCCAUGGAGCACGGCCGCGGCCCCAUGCCGAUGCGAGGCAACCCGGGCCACAUGGACCCCAUGGCGGGGCCCAUGGGUGGCCCCGGCCCCCGGCGCGGGCCCAUGGACGACAGGAACGGCAUGGGUCACAACGGCGACAUGAUGUUCGGCAUGGACAUGGGACCCAACAUGCUGAACCCCGCCUACCUGAACCGCGGACCCGGCCGCAGCAUGCGUGGUGGUCGCCUGGGCCCGAGUCGCUUCGACCAACCCAUGCCUGGAGGACCCGGGGGCCCUGGUGGGCCCGGCGGACCAGGAGGACCUGGAGGACCCGGCCACUUCCGCGAUGCCUUCGACGGGCCGGAUGAAGGCCAGGGCCAAGGCCAGGGCCCCCACAACGACGACGAGAAGGCCCACAUGGACAGAAUGCGCGGAGGCCACGACCGCGACCGGUCCAGCCGAGACCGGGACCGGCCGAGCCGCGACCGAGACCGGGACCGCAACCACGACCGGGACCACGACCGGGACCGCGACCGGCGGCGCAGCGACGACCGGCGGCGAGGCGACAGGGAGCGAGACCGCAGUCGGACGGACAGAGGCCAGGACGACAGGAGGCCGUCGGGCGGCAAGGACGAGUUCGGCAGGGACUUGGACUUGAUGAGGCGUGGUAGCGGCGGCGGCAUCCCCGACAAGCAGGAGCCCAACCUGUGCAUCGAGGUGCUCAACAUGAGCCGCGGUACCACGUUCGCCGACGUGCGGCGCUUCUUCACGGACAAGUUCAUCUCCAACUCGGGCCUCAAGCUCAUCAACGACAUGCAGGGCCACCGCACCGGCAUUGCGUACGUCCGGUUCGCCAGGAAGCAGGAUUACGAAGACGCUCUUAAAAUGGCUGGAAUGAAGCUGAGGGGUGAAACUGUUGAAAUCCAUCCUCUCUCUGACGAUAUCUUUGACAAGGCUAUCGACUCGUAUGUCCCCUCUGCAGGUACGCAACAUACAAAUUCAAAUCACGAAGAGAAUAAAAGUCAAGUUAACCAUGAGGAAGUUAGCCUUUAUGUCAAGUGUGAUGACUUGCCAGUUAAUGCCAAAGAGGACGAUCUGAAGAACUUAUUCAAGGAAUUUCAGUUUGAUGCAGUUUUUGAGGAACCUCGAGGAGAUUCCACUACAGGGCGUGCCAUUAUGAAAUUGAAGAGACCUGAAGACGUGCUGAAGUUGUUCUCAUCAUCAGUCAAGUACUGUAUUGAGGGUAAUGAAAUCAAAUUGUCCAGCUGCCCUGAGCAUGUAUUCAGGGAAGCUCUGUCACGGUUAAGACAGAAUGGACGUUUGGACCACAAGCCAGAUAGUUUUGAGAUGCAUGACUCUGGUCCCAGGAGCUUGAGGAAUGAAAGCCCUGUUGUACCCAUAAACACAGAUGUUUUGCUUUUAAAAAAUUUGCCACCAAAUGUUCGAGACAGAGAUAUUACAGAUUUCUUCUCUGACGUUGGGUUAGUGCCUCAUAAAAUUCAUAUGCUGCUUGAUCCAUUCAGGAAACCAAUUGGUGAAGCCUUCUGCGAAUUUGGGGACGGAUUGGAAGCUGCAAAGGGCUUACGUAAAGACAGCACUCACAUGGGAAAAUUUAUAGUCAAUGUCAAACCUGUCUCAAGACCAGAAAUGGGUGCUGUCCUAGGGCAGUCUAUGGGUCAGUUUCCACCUAUGAGUCCCAGAGGCCCCUAUGGCAUGAUGCCACCUCACAUGAUGGGCCCCAAUGGUCCGAGACAAAGUCCUAUGUUGGGUCCCAAUUCUGCCCAGCCUUUCCCUGGAAUGCCUCCAAGAAACCAAGACCCUGAUUUAGUAGAGACCUUUGGGAAACCUGGUUGUGUCAUUGCCUGCGAAAAUGUACCCUUCCGUGCAAAGGUUGAAGACAUACUCGAGUUCUUCGCUGGAUUCAACCUCACUAAAGAAAGUGUGAUAAGAAGAUUCAAUGAAAGAGGAUCAGCUACUGGUGAUGCUCGCGUUGCCUUCAGCUCUCCGGAAGACGCGCAGGCUGCAUUGCUACAAUUGAAGGGGAAGAAAAUGUUUAAUCGACUUGUGUGGAUGUCCAUUUUGUAAUAGUUUUGAAUUGAGGAGGCAUUCCGUGUGUUAGUUACCUAGGAAUUGGCUUUAAAUCUAAAUAAUCAUUUGAUUGACUGCAGGAACAUUUAGUGUACAAAUGUAAUGAUUCAUCCUUAUGUUAUCUGUUGAUUAUGCGUCUUUUGUGAUGCAAACACUUGAAAAAUUUUGUUGCCUUUAAUAGCUCUUAAGUAUUUUCCAUCUGGUUUUUGUUUUGUUUUAUCAAUCUUACGACUUUAUUUCUAUUAAGCGAAAUAGAGAACUGAUGUCCUAAAUGUUGUUUUGUAUUUGUAGGGAACCAUUGAAGGGUUAGCAAGCAAAAAUACACCUUUGAUAAAUAAAAA